AUGUCAACUGCGAAAGAGACUCAUGCUAAACCUGAUUCCUUGAUUGCAACCACCGUUGUGGAGCUUCUGAAGCGCGCGUGGCGGAACGAGAAGGCAGCGCCCGAGAUUCUCCGCUUCGAAUCUCAUCUGAUUCCUCGGUCGCGGGUAGGUUCUUGGAAAGAACAAGGACCAGAGCUACAACAGAAGAAAUCCAAAGAAGGGUUUGGUUUCAGUGAAGUGGAGCCGUUGUUAAAGUGUGGGAAAGCAAUGGAAAACAUGAACAGAGCCUUCGAGAAAGUGAAGAUAAUGGUGGGAAUGGACGUCGAAAAUGAAGAUCAACAGGCUGCGGCAUUGAACAACAGCAAUUCCUUCGCCUUUAUGGACGAUUUCAACCGCGACUGCACCUUGUCCACCACACAGAUAUGCUUGAUAAGAAAAAGGCUAAGAUCCCUUUCUAUGGAAGGUACGCGCUGGUUGUUGUUAUUGGAUUCGUCUCGUGAGAAAUGCAGAGAUAAUUGGAUUUAA